AUGACGACAGAAACCCUUAAUAUCAUGGUAGAAUUCACUGGCGGUCUCGAGAUGUUAUUUUCCGACCAACGAAACCACAAACUUACAAUUCCCCAAACAGAUUCCAAGGGCGAUCCAGUCACCGUCGGCUGGUUGGUGAAUUAUCUUUGUGAGGAAAUCAUGCAGGAUUCAAGAAAAGACAUGUUUAUUCUCGAUGAUCACGUGCGUCCAGGCAUCCUCGUAUUAAUCAAUGAUGCCGAUUGGGAAUUAGAAGGCGAAGCCUCAUACGUAUUACAACCUAAUGAUAAUAUAUUAUUUGUAUCGACUCUUCACGGGGGCUGA